GAUCAUCCUGCCGUCAUGAGUGUGUGUGAGAGCACAGUUCUUUGCUUUCUCCUCCUGUUCGGUCUGAACCAGCCUCUGCCGUAUGUAACAGCAGGGAAGAUCCUUAUCUGGCCAGGAGAAUUCAGCCACUGGCUCAAUGUCAAAGUCAUCAUAGAUGAACUUGUAGCAAGAGGACACAGCGUGACGAUCGUUACGCACAGUGCUACUCCGUCUGUAAAGACAGUUCAGUCUCCGGGCUACAAUGUGGAGAUCAUACAGGUGCCGCACACGAAGCAGGACAUUAUUGACAACAUGGAUAGGUUUAUGAAGUACUGGAUAUACGACCUACAAAAUGACAACAUGAUCCAGUCUUUUCUGAAGCUCAGGGAUAUCCUCAACCUCAGCGCAAAGCACAAUCACGCACUAUGCAGGGGGCUUUUUGCACGUGAAGAUCUGCUGGAGAAGUGGAGAAAGGAACCGUUUGACGUUCUUCUGACAGACCCCAUGAAUAUGUGUGGCGAACUUCUCGCUCUGAAACUGAACCUACCGUUUAUCAUCAGUCUCAGGUUUAGUUUUGGGAAUGCGAUUGAGCGUCUCUGUGGGCAGCUGCCAACACCACCUUCUCAUGUGUCAGCGGUCGGUCUGGGCUACACGGAUCAGAUGGAUUUCCCACAGAGAGUAAAAAACAUGUUGUUUAAUCUCUUUCAGGAUUGUCUGUUCACAUUUCUGACUGUGAUGAAGUGGGAUCCUUUGUAUACAGAGCUCAUGGGCAAACCCACAACACUAUGUGAUGUUAUGGGCAAAGCUGACAUCUGGUUAAUCCGAACUUAUUGGGACUUUGAAUAUCCACGGCCGUUCCUACCAAACUUCAAAUUUGUGGGUGGAUUACACUGCAAGCCUGCAAAACCUCUCCCGAAAGAGAUGGAGGACUUUGUCCAGAGUUCGGGAGAUGACGGUAUUGUGGUGUUUUCACUGGGAUCCAUGAUUAAGAACCUCACCAAAGAGAGAGCGAACACCAUCGCUUCAGCGCUCGGCCAGAUUCCCCAAAAGGUCUUGUGGCGAUACACAGGCGAGAAACCAGAAACUCUUGCUCCUAAUACUAGACUCUAUGACUGGAUUCCCCAGAAUGAUUUACUAGGACAUCCUAAAACCAAGGCCUUCAUCACCCAUGGAGGGACAAAUGGAAUAUAUGAAGCGAUUUAUCAUGGAGUUCCCAUGGUGGGCCUGCCGCUGUUUGCGGAUCAGCCUGACAAUAUAAAUCACAUGAAAACCAAAGGAGCUGCUGUUAUGCUUGACUUUAACAAAAUGGAGACCAACGACUUGAAGCAGGCUGUCAGUGAUGUCAUUAACAAUCCAUCCUACAAGGAGAGCAUGAUGAGACUAUCUCGAAUCCACCAUGAUCAACCAAUGAAGCCGCUAGACCAAGCUGUCUUCUGGAUUGAGUUUGUGAUGCGCAAUAAGGGGGCCAAGCACCUGAGGGUCGAAGCCCAUAACCUCACGUGGUAUCAGUACCACUGCUUGGACGUGGCAGCCUUUUUGCUUUCUGUAAUCGCACUAGUCGUGUUCAUCUUUGUGAAAACAUGCACUUGGCUCUUCCGUAAAUGUUUCAGAAAGACCCCAGCUAAGAGGAAGAAAGAGUGAAGCAUGCAUAUAUGAAUGUAGUAAUACUUACUAAGAUCAUUUUGCAUAAAUUUUAGGAAUAAAACACUGUAUUAAAUGUACAUUAUAAAUUCCAGAGGUUUUUUACUUUUUAUACGAUACAAUAUAGUACUGUAUGUCCAGGUUUACUUUUAAAUGAUUCCAACACUAUUGAGAACAAAGCAAUUAAACAGAGAUUUGUAUUGUGUAUAGUGUGGCUUUGUUUUUAAAUAAACAUUUUUUUUUUAAGCUGGA